AUGGUUACCUUCACUAUGCUCAUAUAUGCGUCUACCGUCCGAGCAUGGAUACUAAUUGUUUCCUUAGACCUUCCGGUUUGCGCCGCUUCUACUCCAGCAAUAACCUUGCGGUUCAAUUGGCAUAUAUUUGCCCAGAACAUAAUACCGAGGUGCCCUCCCUACCAAAGAUAUCUCAGCAUCGAUCUCAAUGAAAUCUCAUUGGUCGGCCUGAUGACGGUACGGAGCAAUGUAUUAGGAUUAUGCUUCAAACAGGCUAUGCAUCAUGCCUACGAUGACAAGAUGGAGUGUAUGAAUGUAUUGAAAGCCGCGAAACUAGAAUGGAUUGACUCAUGCAUCUACGCCGCAAUCCUGGGUACAAGUCAACGUAAGAUCAUGAACGCUAAGAGGGCACGAAUUUCUAGUGAACCUUACUCAGAAGAAGGGUCGCGCUGUCAUGGAAGCUCUUUGAUUCCAGAACAUUGCCGAUAUUAUCCACGUGUUUUCACUCUUCCUGUCUAUCUUUCUAGAUUUCUUAAAUGUACGAUCGACAUCCGGUGCUCCUGCCUUUUGUAUGAGGUCACAAGAUUUUUACCACGGUUUGAUGCCUGCCUAAUCCGGAAACCGCUGCUCUCUACCAACCCAGAACUCGGGCGAGACAUUCCACUUAAGAAUGGAGAAACAAAGAUUCGUUCGGAACUCACCGUAUUAGUGGCUAUCCAAGGCAAAUCGCGAAAAUACGACGGCGUUGCCUGGGCGCAUUUGUACCAAGUCAGAGCCAUUCUUCAGCUGAUACCUGGUGGUGUUCGAGGUGGAUAUACUAUUGAUACUCCAGGGGUUCAUGGCUUCGGAGGCUAUACAAGCGCAUCGUCAAACACCUGCCUUUUUGCAGGUAGUAUCGCAGGCAUUCAAUUAGGUAAUGAGAGACGACCUAGGUAUAUUGAGGUGAGGUGGAAGAAAGGGGCGAGAGGUGAACUUGGUGAAGGACCAACAUUCACCCUGAGCAAGGCGGCAAAAGGCCAGCAUUCUAUCAAGCACACAGAAGAACUUAUAGGGUCCAACAGGGGAAUGAAGCAAGACGGCCACCGCGCUAGCAAUAAAUCGACGGGUAUUACACUGCAGAAAUGGAAAAUGCUGGAAGAAUAG